AUGACUUCCAUGGCCAACACCGAGCCGAGCCAGAUGUCGCUCAACGAGGUCUCUCUCGAAGAGUUGGCCCAAAGACAACAGCAGCAAAACAUCUACGUCAACCCUCCCGUUUUGGAAAACCAAAAAGCUUCAUCGUCGCUGCACUCGUUGCAGAAGCUCAACUCCCGCCACGCCCACAGAGACACCACCACCAAGGGCAAGUACACCCUCAACGACUUCCAGAUCUUGCGCACGUUGGGCACAGGGUCAUUUGGACGAGUCCACUUGGCUCGUUCCAUCCACAACGGGCGGUUCUACGCCAUGAAAACCCUCAAGAAGGAACGAGUCAUCAACAUGAAGCAGGUGGAGCACACCAACGACGAGAGGCGUAUGUUGAAGUUGGCCCAGCACCCGUUCAUCAUCCGCAUGUGGGGUACCUUCCAGGACUGCCACAACCUCUUCAUGAUCAUGGACUACAUAGAGGGGGGCGAGCUCUUCUCGUUGUUGCGGAAGUCCCAACGGUUCCCCACCCCUGUGGCCAAGUUCUAUGCCGCCGAGGUGUUGUUGGCCAUCGAAUACUUGCACAAACUCGACAUCAUCUACCGAGACUUGAAGCCGGAAAAUAUUUUGUUGGACAAGAACGGCCACAUCAAGUUGACGGACUUCGGCUUCGCCAAGGAGGUGGCAGACGUCACAUACACCUUGUGCGGUACUCCUGACUAUAUAGCCCCUGAGGUGGUGGCCACCAAGCCCUACAACAAGUCGGUGGACUGGUGGUCGUUCGGAAUUUUGAUUUUCGAGAUGUUGACCGGCUACACCCCAUUUUACGAUCCUACCCCCAUGAAAACCUACGAAAACAUAUUGAACGGCACCAUCACCUAUCCCGACUACUUGCCUCCAGAUAUCCUCGAUUUAUUGCAGAAAUUGAUCGUCAAAGACUUGACCCAGAGACUCGGAAACUUGCAGGGAGGCUCCGACGACGUCAAGAACCACCCGUGGUUCAAGGAAGUCAUCUGGGAACGCUUGCUUUCCAGAGACAUAGAAACACCCUACGAGCCACCCAUCACCUCGGGUGUGGGAGACACCUCUCAGUUCGACAGGUACCCUGAAGAUAAGGACCUCGACUACGGGAUCAGUGGAGUGGACGAUCCUUACGGGGACAUGUUUGCUGACUUUUAG